AUGUUCCUAUUAGGCACCCUCAUCACAUUGGUUGCGGGCGUGAUAGGUCCCGCAGCUGCGAUAUGCUCCACGGACGCAUACAUUGAGCAGACAGGCUGGUCAUGGUGUACCUGGCAAGCACCCCGUGUGAAUAUUAUUCGCGACACAAUCUAUAUAGACGGAGGAAACCUCGUGUAUGAGCGAUAUUAUGAAGGCGGCUGCAAUCAAACAGGUACCGAUGGAGACUACAAUGGCUACAUCUAUACUCUUGACCUUUCUACCUCCUUCAAUUCGAGCUCCAAUUUUUCGAAUGUCCUAGAUACGAUGUCGAUUGCCACCACUGCUGGUAGUAAUCUUGCAUCGACUUACGUUGAUGGUGUCAUGUUUGCCAAUGACGAUGAGUACUAUACUUAUGCCGGCCUUCCCAUAUUAACUGGAACUAACCCAGAGGGUUCCAAAGACCAGAUUAUUGGAUACGAAGCAUACCAGUAUGGACCUGAGAUCGAGAAUUGGAACCCAAGAUUUUAUUUCGGUUCUUUGCCUGAUAAUGUCACGAACUAUGUCACCAAUGGUGCCGGGGUCUCAGCCCCAAGCGAAAACUUGGGAUUUUACUUCAGUGGACUACAUGCCGAGGACUGGUCUCCAAUUGCAAACGAUAUAUUGAACACCACCUUCAUGUCCGACCGCCUGGUUACCGUGAACAUGUCAGUCAUGGAGAGUGAGAAAUGGUCCAAUGAUACUCUGCCGAGCUAUGUCCCAAGUCGAGCAGAUGCAGAGCUUGUUUGGGUCCCAGUUUCUGAUUCAGGAGUUCUGGUCGCCAUUGGUGGUGUCAUCAACCCCGGGGAGACCUAUCUGAAAUUGAACUCAUCCCAGGAGGCAGACUCGGAAGAGGUCAGCCCAACAUUUAUGGAGACGGUUUCGGUUUACGAUGUCGAAAGCAAGACCUGGUAUCUUCAGAAUACAACUGGAGACACACCGCGGCAGCUGGCUGAGUUCUGCUCUGUGCUUGCAAGUGCAUCGGAUGAUUCUUCGCACAACAUCUACAUCUAUGGAGGAUAUAAUGGCAUGGAUACAGCCGACAAUCCCUCCGACGAUGUGUAUAUUCUGUCUUUGCCCUCGUUUACGUGGGUCAAGGUGUACAAUGGAACCAAUACUCACGGUCGCGCAAGGCAAAAGUGCGUCAAGGUUUAUCCUGAUCAGAUGCUUUCUAUUGGAGGCUACCGUAUUGAUGAGACUCAUUGUUUGGAAGGUGGCAUGAUCGCCGACUUCAAUCUCAACAACCUCAGUUUCCAGGAUUCAUAUGACCCCUCUCAAUGGAGCGAAUACAAAGUACCAGACUUACUAUCCAAUGUAAUAGGAGGAGAUUCCUCUGGAGGCGCAACCACCACCUCCCCAUCAUCAUGGACUAACUCAUCUCUAUCUAAAGUGUUCGACACCAAAUACACCAAGACCAUCAACACCUACUGGCCCUAUAACACGACGACUAGCGAUAGCGACUCAAGCAGCCACCACCAUAAAAGCUUUCCGAAGUGGGCUGCUGCAGUGAUUGGUGUGCUUCUCGGUCUAUUAGUAGUCAUAUUAGCCGCCGUUGGUCUCUGGUUCUUCCUUCGACGUCGCCAGCGACGCUAUCUUGAAAAUGAGAAAGAGAAAGGGCCAGGCCCAAAUGAAGCAGACGGUACAGAGCGCCUUACAACAAUGUACGGGGGUGGGCCUGUCUCCCCUGUCCCUGGCCCACAGUCUACCUCCACCGGCCAGGAAACAUCUACAGGCGCACAGACGACGCACACGCACGACUCGAUUGCUACAUCGGCUAGUCCCGGCACAGUGGAAUCUGGUGGAGGUAUCGUACAUGAGAUGCAUGAUUCCUCUCCUGUCGAGCUUCCGACAGCUUUCAAUGCCUCAUCUACCAAUACCAACGAUACGUCGCACUUCAGUGCCACGCGAGGAUCCUCUCCAUCUCCUAUCUCGCCAUCGACGCCCGAUACUGAUUCGUCUCAUUCUUUGUUGAUGCCGGGUCAUCAUCGCAGUCUGUCGACGCGGUCAAUUGAUAAUGUGGUGACUAGUCGCAAGUCUUAUUUCCAUGAAUCUCUUGACGGGAGCACCGGGUCGCAACAUGCUCGUCAUGGAUCUGAGGUCUCUGAGGCGAGUGGUACUUCAAAUGAUAGGACGAAUUUGGGAGGCAGCGAGACGAUUUUUGAAUAA